AUGGAGUCGUCACUGAAUCCGGCUAAAAUGGUUGCACCAAGCAUGUGGCAGAUUAAGAGUAUGCGCGAGAUUGGAGAUCCCCUGACUGGCAAUGUGUCAGUUCGUAGAUGGUCUUCUGUUUCCCCUGCCCCAAAUGAAAUUUCUGGCACAGAGGAUAUCAUACACUCCCCUUCAAAUACGAGUGUGCGUUUUGGGGACAGGACGCCUGGCGAAGGAAGAACCGGUGGAAGCGAAAGCGGAACAGCGCAGCAGAGACUGCCUAGUCCUUCGUCCUCGGAAGAAAGGAAAGCUGGCGGUGGAGCAGCCGACAGCCAGCUUACCCCAGUUGCGGAUGAUACAUCUUGCCACAGUCCCAGAACACUAGAGGCUGCUGAAAUCCUGAUGAAUAUUCGUUAUGGAGCCCCAGGAACCUUCGAGCCACCACAAGGACAACUUGUGGGCGAUGCUACAGAGGAGCAUCCGGUAAGUCAUCCUCAAGGGAGAAUUCCUAACGACAACGAGGACGACGAGCCUCUACCUUCCACGGAACAAGGUGAGAAUACGAAUGCCCAGGUAAGCCAUGAAGGCGUUGAAGACGGCAUUCCGCCAGAGCCAGAAGCUGAAGAGAUCUCUGCGGAGGACAGAGAGCGCUUGGUCAAAAGAACCCUGCGGCAUCUAGUAGAUGCCGCCCUAGCCGCUGAAGGCCUUGGUCCGAUAGAAACAGACAGCACAGGAGAGUGCGUGCGUCGAGACGUCAACUAUAUCGCUGACCCUGCCGACCACAUGUUGCAUCAUACUCGCUCGGGUCAACCACAUCGCGUCAUACGUCAAGAACCGCCCAGCCUGCUCUCGUCGCCGACAAGGGCAGACGUAUAUACGAACGAAAGCCAACCUGAGCUCGACCCUAAAUUACACUAUUGGACCAGUGCCGCCGGCUCGAAACAAGACAUGAAGAAAUUUGUCGCAGAUCCCAAUCAACCUCGACCGCCGAAAAGAAAGUUGGAGGAUGUGCUUGCCGCCGUGGAAAAGGGACAGGAGGAUGCACAGACCGAAGCAAAGCCCACACCCAAGGCCAAGGCCAAGACUAAAGGUAAAAAGGGCCAGAGGGGGGGUAUGACGAACCAGAAAGCCAAAGCGGAUGAGAGCACGAGUGAGGUCGUGAGCCCCCCUUCAAAGCGCCGUGCGACAGGAAACCGUCGUCAAGCGGCGAGACCUUCACCGCCCGCUGGAACCUCGGUGCGGCAAACUAGAGCCGCGGCUAAGAGGAAUCGGGAAGCAGAAGGAGAAGAAGAAGAAGAAGAAGAAGAAGAAGAAGAAGAAGCAAAACAACAAGAAGCGACUGGGCCUGACAAUAACGGAGAAGACAAGGCGAAAUCGAACAAGGGUAAGGCGACCGAUAGAGAUGCAGCGCCGCCUCCACCGGCGAAGAAAUUGCGUCUGAGACUAAUUGUCAGGGCGCCCGAUGCUACUAACGAUUCUAAGUAG